GAUGUCGUACCCAGGAUACCCGCCGACAGGCUACCCAACUUUCCCUGGAUACCCUGUAAGUAUGCCUCUCACUGUCUUCAACCAGCCUGCAGGUCAGGAGUCUUCCUAUCCCCCCGCCGGCCAGUAUCCCCCCGCCGGCCAGUUUCCCCCCGCCGGCCAGUAUCCCUAUCCUGGUGGCUUCCCUCCGAUGGGAGGAGGUGCUUAUCCCCAGGCACCCAGUGGCGGGUAUCCCGGAGCCGGGGGUUACCCUGCACCUGGAAGCUACCCGGCUCCAGGUGGUUACCCGGGGGCACCACAGCCAGGAGGGGCUCCGUCCUAUCCCGGAGCUCCUCCAGGGCAAGGAUUUGGUGUUCCACCUGGUGGAGCAGGAUUUGGGGGAUAUCCACAACCUCCGUCCCAGGCCUAUGGAGGGGGUGCCCCAGCUCAGAUACAGAUUCCAGGUGGAUUCCCUGGAGGGCAAACUCCUACCUCAUAUCCUGGUGGACAAGCGCCUUCCCAGUUUCCUCACAUGAUGAAUACAGAAUUCUUUCCUUCCUCUCCUGUUUUCUCUCCUCUUUCUUUGGAUUCUAACAGUGAAGUGAGUGAACCAGCGACUCAGGGCACAAUCCGACCUGCUGCCAACUUUGAUGCUUUGAAAGAUGCAGAAGUUCUUCGAAAGGCCAUGAAGGGUUUUGGGACUGAUGAACAGGCGAUUGUGGAUGUUGUUGCCAACCGCUCCAAUGAUCAAAGACAAAAAAUCAAAGCAGCUUUUAAGACCAUGUAUGGCAAGGAUUUAAUCAAGGAUCUCAAAUCCGAGUUAAGUGGAAAUAUGGAGGAACUCAUCCUUGCCCUAUUUAUGCCUCCCACAUAUUAUGAUGCUUGGAGUUUGCGUAAUGCAAUGAAGGGAGCAGGCACUCAGGAACGAGUGCUGAUUGAAAUUUUGUGCACCAGAACAAAUCAGGAGAUUCAAGAUAUCAUCAGGUGUUAUCAGUCCGAAUUUGGGCGAGAUAUUGAAAAGGAUAUUAGGUCAGAUACCUCAGGACAUUUUGAACGGUUACUUAUAUCCAUGUGCCAGGGUAAUCGUGAUGAGAAUCAGACAGUGAACCUGCAGAUGGCUCAGGCAGACGCUCAGCGGCUUUACCAAGCAGGUGAAGGCAAACUGGGGACAGAUGAAUCUUCCUUCAACAUGGUCCUGGCCACGAGAAGCUUUCCACAACUGAAAGCCACCAUGGAAGCAUACUCCAGGAUGGCUAACCGUGAUUUGCUAAGCAGCAUUGGCCGGGAGUUUUCUGGAAAUGUGGAAAAUGGCUUGAAGACAAUCUUGCAAUGCGCCCUGAACCGUCCAGCCUUCUUUGCCGAGCGACUUUACCAGUCCAUGAAAGGAGCCGGCACAGAUGACUCCAGUCUCGUGCGGAUUGUCGUCACCCGCAGUGAGAUCGAUCUUGUACAAGUGAAGCAAAUGUUCACGCAGAUGUACCAGAAGACUUUGAGUACAAUGAUCUCCAGUGACACCAGUGGAGAUUAUCGGCGUCUACUCUUGGCUAUUGUGGGACAGUAAAAAUCGUUUUUUUUUUUAAAGUGACCAUUUCAGAGCUUUUUCAGCAAAGAUACGACUAUCAUGCAUGCAAUAAAAUCAAGUGUAGCUCAACCAAAUCCGCUUUUUACUAAGGACAGUGUCAGGGUUGAAUGUGCUUAGUUUUGCACAUAGUAUUCUUGCCUUAAUUCUAAUGUAAUUUUUACUCUCUAUGAAAUCAAUGUAAAGCCAUGAUACAGCGAUGACUUCACGAUUAAUACAGUGUGCAUUUAUCCCAUAAGAUUCUGCAAUCAAUAAAACAGUCAUUACAG